AUGGAGGACACAACUUCCGCAAAACGAGCCGGAUCGGCGGCUGACACCGAGGAAGACUUUUCCACGGUACCUACCACCACCGCUGCCUCGGAGAGUGGUUUCGAAGACCUCGCCAUCUCCGAGACCGACUCGAACGUCCGUGUUGCAGCUUCCAACGACACGGAUACCACUUCGUCGCCUUCUGGUGUUAACGAAGCGGUCCCUGCAGCGGCCUCCGCACGCACACCCGCCGAACCGGCAUCCCACACCCGCGCAGACAGCACCUCUCUCAGCACCUCUUCUUCCGGUCUCGUCCUCUUCGAUCUGACCGACAAACCCAACGGUACCGCCUGCUUCUCUCCGCACACCGUCAAGACCCUGCUCGAUCUCAAACUGCUCAACGUCGGGUACGAACGUCAACGUCUCACCUUCGUCCAAGUUCGCAACGACCUCGCCUCGCGCAUCGCCGACAACGUCACCGUCCCCGCACUCGAACUCUCCGACGGCUCCCACAUCGUCGAUUCGUGGAACAUCGCAGAGUACCUCGAACGAAGACACCCCGACGGCCACAAGCUGUUCGGCGACUCGGCGACAAAGAGGUUGGCUGCGAUGCUAAAUCAGUUUGGCAAGACGGUGUUGGCUCCGCAUAUCGGACCGCUGGCGCAGAAAGGUGUGCACGGUAUGUUGGACGAAGAGUCGAAGAGCUACUUUGCCGAAGUCAAGAUCGGCAAGCAGAGGUGGGCCAAGGUGUCGAAUAUGGGACGGGAGGAGAGGGAGACGCAUGUCCAGCAAGCGGUGGCCAAGUUGGAGGUCAUCAAUGCCAUGUUGACCUGUGAAGGCACAGAUUCUACCAGUGGCGGCGGAAGUGCUUCGCUGAUAGGUGCGAGUGGAGGGAACGGUAGGAGUGCAAGUCGAAGCAGGCAGCCCGUGUGGUUGGCCGGUGGUGAGCAACCUACGCAUGCCGACUUUGUGCUGUUCGGCUGGUACGUGUUCACCCGAGCUGCAGGCGAGAAGGUGGCCAAGGAGAUCUGGUUCGCUCACAAACCGAUCGGAAGGUGGGUCCAGGCCAUGCUGGAGUGGUCGGGUGAGUUGGCGCAUGAUUUCGUCUAG